AUGGAACAAAGACCUAGAAGAAAACUUAGCAGCAGAAGGUCAAGCAAGGCACAGUCUCCAGAAGCAGAGGUAAAAGUUUAUAAGAAGGAAAAUGCGAUGAUAGAGAAUUGAAAUUGGAAAAUCAGUGUGAAGUAUCCUCAAAUAGAAGACCUAUACUUGGGCUUUGGGGGUCUCCUAAUCCCUAGAAAUGAUCAUUGGAAAGAACUCUAUUUUAAAGAGUCUUUAUUUCAGAAUCCUUCUUUGAAUAAAUUUUGCCAAGGGACUAGUAAUCUCUGGGUGGAUUCAAAGAGCAGGCUAAAGUACUUAAAAAAAAUGGUGCUGUGUAUCUUAAAUAAUGAAGAUAAUUAUAGAAUUAAAUCAAAAAACUUAGAACAGACAUUCAGAUCAGCUUAUGUUAUAAAGAAUUUAAUAUGCAAAAUUCAUUCUCUCAAGAAACUUGGGAUUACCAAAGUGAUUAUUACUUCUAAAAACUUUGCCAACAUUCUUCUGAACGGAGUGAAUUUGGAAGUAUUCACAAUGGAAGAUAGUAUGGUAAUGGGUCCUAAGCUCAAAUUCACAGCGAAUGGUACCUCUAAACUAAAUACAAUUAAUAUGGAUUGGUCUUUUAAUCAAAUUUCACUUCCAGUUGAGAUCAAGGACAAACCAGAUUACUUUGAUAAAAUCUUAAGCAUCAUCAGUCAGUGCCCAUGUGCAAAGACUUUAGGAGAGAUCGUUUUCAGGAACGCUCUUCACGACAAAAAUCUAUGCUCCCAUCUAAGGGCCAUGCACAUCCCCUUAAAGGUAUUCUGGAUCAACAAGGGAUUUGUAAUUUACUAACCCAUCAGAUUCUGACCAAACUUUCAAUUA